UGUCAAUCCAAAGCCUCCCACGUGGUCUUCAGGGCGGGCGCAUCUCGACUAGUUGAAUGUGCAACUUUUAGGGGGGCAGUUGCACUUGCACGUGCAUGUAGGAUACUCAUCAGAAAACAGCGUCCUGGAAGUCUGGAGGCGCGUCUUCUCCGGCAUCCAGAUUACUCCCAUCUGGUGUAAACCCAGUGCGCGCUGUUGCUGCCUCUUAUUCCAGGACUAAUUUCAGUCAGCGCUUUGAACCCCGAGCGCACUCCGCUGUGGUGGAGUGUAAGUGAGUGCGUUUAGUUCGCUCUGGGAGCCUGAAUACGGUUUAUAUUUUAACAACGCCAAACACAACAAAGUAUUUUGGCCAUUUCUCUUGAGCAAGAGGACUUUGAAGUAGGAUCGCACCAUGGAUACGGUCGGCGACUCUAUCGGAGAAAGUAAGCCGGUGUGCCAGUGUACCCGCAAGUCCCGGAGCCAGCGAUGGGUGCCAGGUUUCCCCAUCGCUCUGUGCUUGCUGAUGUCGAUGAGCUCCAUCACCGUGUGUCUUCUGAUGAGCUUGAAGACCUAUCAGCUGGAGAACCGACUGCAGAUGGAGUUGGACAAGGCGUCUAUCUUCCAACACCCGAACAGGGCGUUCGUAAACGAGGAUGGGACCCUACUGUCAGAGUUGAGCGCCCCAAUAGGAAAGCUCGUGGAAGAGAAAGUGGUGGCUCUGACGCCAAAAGUGCGGCCAGCGAGGGAUGUUGGCCAAGAGUGCUCCUGUCCUCCAGGGCCUCCAGGAAAACGUGGAAGGAUGGGAAGAAGAGGGGAACCUGGGCCUCCUGGCAAGGCUGGACGGGAUGGAUACCCGGGUCCACUUGGCUUAGAUGGCAAACCAGGUCCACCAGGGCUGAAGGGAAGCCAGGGACCAGCCGGACCCAAGGGAGAAAAGGGUGACCAAGGAGACAUUGGGCCAAGGAUGGUUUUCCCCAGAACUGACCACGGCUUUCUCUCUCGAGAGCCGACCAACAGCUUUCAGAGACUCUUUCUGAAGGGUGAUCAGGGUCAGGCUGGACCCGCUGGUCCUCCCGGUCCUCCAGGUCCUCCAGGUCCCCGUGGCCCCCCUGGGAACACUGGAAAAGAUGGACCUCGUGGUCUUCCUGGAGAGCCAGGUUUUCCUGGUCGCGAUGGAGCUGAGGGGCCACAGGGACUGCCUGGGAAGCCGGGAGAAAAUGGGCAGCCUGGUUAUCCAGGACAACAGGGUCCCCCGGGGGAAAAGGGCGAGCCUGGGACUGCAGAAAAAGGAGAGCGAGGCAUGGAUGGACUUCCAGGAUUAAAGGGUGACAGAGGAGAGCAAGGACUACAGGGACCCAUGGGUUUUCCUGGUGAGAAGGGCACCCCGGGCGCUUCAGACAUCAUCGACUUCAAUGGGAAGCUUCUAGAUGCUUUGCAGGGCCCACCUGGACCACCAGGACCUCCAGGACCUCCAGGGGAAAAGGGUGAGCUCGGGUUACCUGGACCAGCAGGAGUUGACGGGGAGAAGGGACCCAAAGGUGACAUGGGUGAGGCAGGACCUCCCGGCAUGAGAGGAGAGAAAGGAGAGAUGGGUCUCUCUGGGCCUACUGGUAUGGAUGGACAGAAAGGAGAAAAAGGCGACUGCAGACUAGAUGACAACUUGGUUCAGAUGAUUUCCCAGCCAGGCCCACCUGGCCCACCAGGCCCACCGGGAGUACCUGGGCACCCUGGAUCCAUGGGGCUGCAUGGAAUGCCUGGUCCUAAGGGUGAACCAGGAGUGGGGAUACAGGGAGAGAAGGGAGACAGUGGACCUCCUGGAUCCAGAGGAUCAGAUGGCCUCCAAGGUCCACCUGGGUCUCCAGGCUUAGUGGGCCUUCCUGGUGCCAAGGGAGAAAAAGGAAGACCAGGAGAGCCUGGACUAGAUGGUUUCCCAGGCCUGAGGGGAGAAAAAGGUGAUCGAGGCGAAAAAGGAGACAAGGGUGACAGAGGAACAGUAGGGAAGAGAGGUCUAAAGGGCCAGAAGGGUGAACAAGGUCCUCCGGGUCUGGACCAGCCUUGUCCUGUGGGGUGCGAUGAGUCUAAAGAGCAGUCUGUGAGGGCAGCGCUUUCUUCCCCUGCAACUCCUCCUCUUCCUCCUUCUGGCCCUGAGGGCCCCUGUCCUCUGGGACGUGACGGGCUACCCAUACCGGGCUGCUGGCACAAGUGAUUACUAACCAGCAGCAUGGAAUCUGUACAUAUUGAUGUGGUAUAUAUUGCAACAGAAUACUAUGCCAACAACCCCACUCCCUUUUUUCCUUUUUUAUAAAAUCCUAUUAUAUAAUAUAUUGAGACUUUGAGAACAAGGACAUUUUUGGGUCUACAGUAUUAAAAAAAUGUUUAAACUCGAGAUCCGGUGUUGUUGUUGUGAAAGCAGCCGUGCUUUUGAAGAGACUGACGUGACGUGGCCGUGAGACUCUUAGUUUGGACAGUCCAGAUGUCAGUGUUGGAGUAGAGGAGUGCCUAACUAACAAAACCUGCCUUGUUGCCUGAUUGUCGUGUGCGCACUCGUCCAUUCUCACAGGAUGGAUGGAUGCUUGGACGGAUGGACGUUAUUUCGUGGCGGAUGCAAGAGUGUGUUGUCAGUACUCUCUUGUCCUCUCUCUGUUUUUAUUUUAAAAGGAGGAAAUGGCAAGGCAGAAGCUCAAACGCAAGCGUCUCUCUCAGCCCUGAAACGGUGCGGGGCCCGGUUGGAGUAAGGACACGCAGAAAUCACAAGGGGCUGAUUUGCUUUUUGAAGCAGAGCCGGCCAUGUAAUGCCCCUGUGUCAAACCGAACUCUCACAUCCUCCGACAUGGAAUCUCUCCAAGAGGACGCAAACACUGCGUUUCCACAUUCACCUCAGAGGGAAAGAUAAACCUGCUUCUGAUGAUGUUUUGCAAAGGCUUGAGGUUUUUUGAGAGUCAAUGAUGUCACUGGCACAUAAGGAAGGAUUUACUGUGCAGAUAGUUUGAACAUGUUAUGGUGAUCUCUUAAAUUAAUCUUAAGUCAGUAAGUAAGUUUUCACUAAUGCAUGAUCAUAACAGUUUUGUAUAACAUGCUAUCAGCUUGUAUGACUUGUGGUCCCUCAUUGAAACCUCAAAGUGCAUUAAUUUUUUACAUACAAUAAGCAUUUUUAAACGAACAAGCCACUCAGAAAUGUUAGUCCACUUUUUUACGGUUUACGUUUAUGAUGACUUGUGCCGUUUUGUUUUAUUUUGGUAUAUUUUUACCUAUCGCCAGUCUCAUUUUUGCAUUCCUGUGCAUUACCAUGAUUGUGAGAUGAUUAGGUAGUGAAACUUUAAGGUCAGAUUUGAAGGAACCAUUAACAGUAUUCAUAAUAAACCAGUGUUUCAGUUGCUUGACAAAUGAUUGCCAAUCUUGAUGCAUUUUGACUGAUUGUUAUAUUUUAGUCACAGAAAGAAAGGAAAAGAUGUUUAAUUACUGCUGCCAGUCUUUCCUGGACAACAGUAGAAGUCCUUGCUGCUGACUUAAAUGUUUGUUGUUUGUUAGAUAGCUUUGAAUCAGUCAUGGAAUGCAGGACUAAUGCUCUAAAGAAGAAACCUUUAAUCAAACAUGCACACAGCAGUUGUUUUGGCGCUAGUUUCUUUUUCAUUCAGCCACAUCUCAGCACAGUGGUUCUAAAGUCUUUGCAGUCAGAUGACUUCAACUAGUUUGUUGUGGUUUUUGUAGUACAUUUUCCUCAGACUUACUCAUAUAUUGGUGCUUAAAUACUUUUGUGUACUGUUCAAAUAAAACACAGACACGCACAAAUGCACACCUUUUAAAGAACUGUAAAACAAAUGGUGAAAUGGUAAUCUGUGUUGGCUUGGACACUAUACACAGGACUGAUAAUGCAUUAGGAUCAAUAUAUGCAAACAUAUUCAUAUUAAUGGAAAGUGAUGUUGAAGUUGUCUACGCAUUGAUAUUUGUAAUAGAGUAUUACUAUUACUCAGUAAUGAUCUUUUUGAAAGGCAAAAUACAUUUUCAGGUUAAUCAUUUUUGGCAAUCUACAGGUUACACUGGUUAGUUGUCUUCAGUACUAUUAACCCAUCACCACAGAGGCUGCUAAACAUUUUCAACUAAUGCUGUAAUAUUUCAAAUGGAUUUUAUAUUACAACAGUACAUUUGUAAUGCUGACUUUCUUGUAAUUAUAAAUAUCUUGAUGUCCUAUAACCAGGCUCACGUAAUGUGCGAGUAUGGUUUAGGCUGCAGAUCCAGUAACUAACAAAUUUGUUAGACUACCUGUCAUUAAAAAUCAUAAAUAUUUUAGAAAUCUCUUAAAAAUGUGUUUAAAAAUAUAAAAAAUAUAUAUAAUGUUUGUUUAUUAGGCAAAUACAAACUAAAUUCAUGUUUUUUGUAUCCAAAUUUAAGCUGGCACACUGGACUUCUCUAAGAAGUCAGAAAUUAAUGGAGCAUAACGUUAAACCACUAACACUAAUUUUUCUGUACAAGGUAUGUAAGCAUAUAACCCUAAUCUGGAAUCUUAAUCCAGAAAUACUUACUUUUUAUUACUGUUUUUUUCUGUUUUGGGUAAAACUGUAAAUUGGAAAAUUCAUGGACAACAACAGUGAUUAUAUUUUAGUAUUAAAAAUAUUAUUUACAUAAGGUAGUCGUAUAUACUGGUGGAUUAACCGGUACAGAAGCAUAAGAAAAUGAUUUUGGUAAUGACCAAUACUGUUAAUUUAGGGCAGCUGUGACAUAGACCUGACACCAGGUGGUAGUCUAAUAAAUUUGUUAAGCUUUCUUCCAACAGAAUAUUUCCUGUUUAAGCCUCAGAUAAGAAGCUGUAACAAACCUCAUACCGCCUUUUGUUUAUUAUCAUUUUGCAUGAAGUCUUUUACAUUGUACCUGCAAAGUUGCAUCACUUAAAACAUACAAAACAAUUUCUGUAUCAGUAGAAAACUAUACUUAGUUCAGGUUUUGAAAGAUUAGUCCACCAAAUGUUAACUUAAAUAACACAUACUCAAAAAACUAAAAGAAAAGGCAUUGCAUUAAGCUAAAACGAACUUUCUUUGGGAUUCAUGAUCAAAUGUGUGUUGAGGUUGCAGUUAUGUAGAAUGGUUUAAUAUGCAGGUUUAGGUUUUGUUUCAUUGGGAAAGCUGGUAGUUAUCUGCCACAUUACAUAUGUGUGUUUAUUUCUUUUGCAGAUUCUAUCAGUGUCUUUUUUUAUGGCUAAAUGAGUAAAUGGCACCAUGUCUGGAUAGAGUUUGUUUUAGCAACUCUUUUACCACAGUGUUAGCUUAACUUUGUGAGAAUGUUUUUGUUUGCUCUUUUUUGGGGGGUUGGGUAUUUGGUUGUAAAAGAUUUAAGCUAUUUUUUUAAUUGUCUAAAAUGUAUAACAUAAAAUCUGGUAAACUAAACAUGUAGAAGGAAAUAAACCCUCUAGUUCUAUGGUUGCUUGUCAUUAAAUCAUAUCCAUGUUA